GCCCCUGUGACCCACCCCACGGCGGUUCGCGGGCUUCUGACAGUCGGAAUCUGCUGCAGAAGCUCAGGUCCAGCCACGGUAAGCCCAGCAUGGCGACAGAGUCCAGACCCAGCGAAGCCCUGGGCGCCCCGUCCACGGACGACCAGUUGGGGCUUCUUGUCGUAAAGGUGGAGGACGAGGAGGCCAGUUGCAGCCCCGCUCCCGGGCCCGAGCGCUCCCGCCAGCGCUUCCGCGGCUUCCGCUACCCCGAGGCCGAGGGACCCCGCGAGGCGCUGGGCCGGCUGCGCCAGCUCUGCCGCCUGUGGCUGCGACCCGAGACGCACAGCAAGGAGCAGAUGCUGGAGCUGCUGGUGCUGGAGCAGUUCCUGAGCAUCCUGCCCGGGGAGCUCCAGGCCCGCGUGCGCGCACAGCAUCCGGAGAGCGGGGACGCGGCGGUGGCCGCGCUGGAGUCCCUGGACAGGCAGCUGCCUGAGCCCAGGCCGCAGGUGCCAGGUGGUGACCAGGGGCCGCUGCUCUGUUGCACGAUGGCAGUGUUGACUCCGGCUCAGAGGUCACGAAGUGCCCGGUUCCAGCCGAUGAAGGCUCUGCUCAAGCACGAAUGUGUGGGAUCCCAGUCCCCACCAGACAGAGGUGAGGAUUAUCUUACGCCGACCUCGUCCAGUUUCGCUUCAGCUCUGCAGGUGCCUGGGCUUGCUGUGGGCGGGCGCUAUACAGCGCACGCAGUGGUGGCCGCCGGGCUCACUCCAGAGUCCCAGGGGCUGCUGAAAAUGGAAGAUGUGGCUCUCACUGUGUCCCCUGGAUGGACAGAGCUGGAUUCAUCUCAGGCGAAGUCAUACAGAGAUGAAAGGCAGGAGGACGGUGUUCCUCUGACCUCCCUGGGUGGUGAAAUGCAGAAUAAGAUCAGAGACUUGCCUCUAGAUGAGAAACAUCCAGAAGAGGAGCCUGGGCAGACCCUGCGCCACCUGUGUGAAGCCAUUGCUCCAACCCCACACCCCCUGGGUGAAGCCAUUGCCCCGAUCCCUGCACGUGCAGAAGCUGGUGAGCAGGAGGGCAGGUUAUACAGAAAGCAGAAAAGCGCCACGGGGAGGAGGCGGCACAUCUGCCAGGAAUGUGGGAAGAGUUUUGCUCAGAGUUCAGGCCUGACUAAGCACAGGAGAAUCCACACUGGGGAGAAGCCCUACGAGUGUGAGGACUGUGGCAAGUCCUUCAUUGGGAGCUCUGCUCUCAUCAUUCACCAGAGAGUCCACACUGGGGAGAAACCCUAUGAGUGUGAUGAAUGUGGGAAGGCCUUCAUUCAGAGCUCAGACCUCACCAAGCACCAGAGAACUCACACCGGGGAGAAGCCCUACGAGUGUGAUGAGUGUGGAAAGACCUUUAGCCAGAGCUGCAGCCUCCUGGAACAUCACAAAAUCCACACUGGGGAGAAGCCAUACCAGUGCGACAUAUGUGGCAAAGCCUUUAGGCGGAAUUCACAUCUCCUGAGACAUCGGAAGAUCCAUAGUGAUAAAACCGUUCAGGAUCCUGAACACGGGGAGAGCUGGGAGAGUCAGGGGACGCUGGAGAGUCACAAGGGGAACGUUGAGGCUCCCGUGUCUUAUCGAUGCAAUGAGUGUGAGAGGAGUUUCACUAGGAGUAGAAGCCUUAUUGAACAUCACAAAAUCCACACUGGAGAGAAGCCGUAUCCCUGUGAUGCAUGUGGAAAAGGCUUCACCCGGACUUCAUACCUUGUUCAACAUCAGAGGAGCCACGUUGGGAAAACAAUUCUGUCUCGGUGACCUAUGUCUUCCGUGCCAAAGUUGAAGUGAAGGCACCCUGGGUCCCUUCCUGACUACAGAAACUGGGCUUGGGAUGUAUUGCCCCCUGUACACCGUCAGGCAUGUGUGUGAGGGGAAAUAUAGUGCGUGGCUGAGAUGAAUUAUCUUCUACAUUCUAGAAGGUGACUAGAAAAAAACUUGUUGGGAAAGGAAGCGUUGUCUGGAAGAGGUAGGACCUCAAGUGGUUUGCUCUCACCUACCGGACUUCAAGGGCUUCCAGACUGACUCACCACUCCCAGCCAUUACUUGAUGACAGAUCCUGGGUAGAUGGCUGAUUUGGGGCUGCUCUCUGACCCCUCAUUUUGCUUAUGUGAACCCUUCACCAGUGGGUUGGAUCAGUGACAUCUCUACCCCACCAUUGUGCCUUGCAUCUCUGAGAACUUCGGGACCGUGACGAAGAUUCCUGGGAAAUGGAGUCCGAGGGCCGAGGGGACCAGAGGCUUCUGGGAAGUGCAGUUCAAGCGGGCCUGUCGUCUUCUGCGCAGACUCAGAAGUCUGUAUGGACGGAAACCUGGAGAUAGGACGCGGGUGCGGUCCUUCCACCGGAAGUGACCGAUCGGAACCAGCGUCGUGGGAGAGGUGAGUCCGGCUUGGGGACUCAGAUGUCCGGCCCUUUGUCCCCUCCAAAUACGCAGUCCCUACCAUGUUCCCUUCGGGACUGCAGCCGUUCUGUGACGCCCUGACCCGGGACCUCAGAGGAAUCCCGAGGAAAGGUGGAACCAGGUUCGGCAUAGGAGAACUCUUGAAACUGAAUAAGACCCUUUGAAAAGCAUAAGUGGGUUUUCUGGUAAUUCCUUCAAUCCCAAGAUGACGACAGAAUCCAAGAAAGCCGCAGCUAAGCCCGUUCUGGAGGAUGAAAGACUUCUGAUAGUGAAGCUAGAAGAGGAAGAUUUUGUCUAGGGACAGGACACUUGCUCACCAAGAAGGGACUCUGUCAAGCAGGAGCUCUGCCGGCAGCUUUUCAGGCAGUUCUGCUACCAGGAUGCCGCUGGGCCCCACGAGGUGCUGGGCCGGCUCCAGGAGCUCUGCCAUCAGUGGCUGGAGCCAGAAAACCAAAGCAAGGAGCAGAUGCUGGAGCUCCUGGUGCUGGAGCAGUUCCUGAGCAUCCUGCCCGGGGACCUGGGUGUGUGAACGUCACCCAGAGAGUGGUGAGGAGGCAGUGACCACAGUGGAAGAUGUGAGGAGUGGCACUGAUGCAGCCAUGCUCUGGGUACAGAGGGCAUGGCAGAGCUGAGCCCCCCUGAAUGGAUGGAGUGUCACUAAGAGAAGAAAAGGCCUGAGGAUGACUAUCUUGGAGGAGCUCAGGGUUCAGUUCAGGGUGCAUUUGGGUCCCCUUUGCUCUCUGUUUGGUACUAUACCCCAGCUUACAGUCGAGUCAGACUUAAAUCUUCUUUCCCCAGUUUUGUAUUCACACAGGAGGUUCUCUUUGUUUCGGGAAGAUGUUUAAUUCCAAGAGGGACUCUCUCCUAAUCCCAAACAUACUUUAUUUU